AUAACUAAAUCUGCUAAGCGCGUACAAAAUGACCCGGAAGUAGAUCUGUCCACGCGAGUCGAGCCAAAUCGUUGAGCGUACGAAAGUGUUCGUGGCGAAAAGCUCAACAAGACUUCGGAACACAGUUUUUUUAAACACCAGAAAUCAUGAGUCUGUUGACAAAGCCCAAGUCAGAGAUGACCCCGGAGGAGCUUCAGAAACGGGAGGAGGAAGAGUUCAACACUGGCCCCCUUUCAGUCCUCACCCAGUCAGUGAAGAACAACACUCAGGUCCUCAUCAACUGUCGCAACAAUAAGAAGCUCCUCGGGAGGGUCAAAGCUUUUGACAGGCAUUGUAACAUGGUCUUGGAAAACGUGAAGGAGAUGUGGACGGAAGUCCCCAAGAGCGGGAAGGGAAAGAAGAAGUCGAAGCCGGUCAACAAAGACCGCUAUAUUUCGAAAAUGUUCCUGAGGGGGGACUCCGUCAUCGUGGUGCUUAGAAAUCCUCUGAUCACAGGAAAAUGAACUGUUUUUUUUUGUUAGUUUUUUUUUUUU